CACCCCCAAACUUCCCUCGUAUCUCUCUUCUUUUUCCACCUCUCCAAUUUAAAACCUCUCGCUUUCUCUCGGAAACUCUGAUCAAUGGCCGGAAGAGGAAAGUCUCUGAGCUCUAACGCAGCCAAAAAGGCCACCUCUCGCAGCGCCAAAGCCGGUCUCCAAUUUCCCGUUGGCCGGAUCGCUCGUUUCCUCAAAGCCGGCAAAUACGCCGAGCGCGUCGGAGCCGGAGCUCCGGUCUACCUUGCCGCUGUCCUCGAAUACCUCGCCGCUGAGGUUUUGGAACUGGCUGGGAAUGCGGCGAGGGACAACAAGAAGAACCGAGUGAUUCCGCGUCACAUACAGUUGGCGGUGAGGAAUGAUGAGGAGCUGAGUCGUCUGCUUGGUUGUGUGACCAUUGCUAAUGGCGGAGUGAUGCCUAACAUUCACAAUCACUUGCUGCCUAAGAAGGCCGGCUCUGCGUCUUCCAAGGCGGAUGCCGAUAAUUAGAUCUAGAGGGCUUUUGAUAUCAUUACGAUCUUUAUAGGAAAAUGGUACAAAGUUGGGUGAUUUAGUGAUUUAUUCUUUUAGAUUGUAGAGGAAAUUCCUUUGUUAUUGUUAUCUAGUUGGUUUUUUGGUUGGAUUUGCUGCGAGUUUGAUCAUUAAUGAAACAAUA